AUGGCUUCAUCUUCCGGGUCAGCGUCUGGCAUGCCUCGGACUAUCAGGGACCUCGUUGCAGGGUUUCAAAUAAAAAAUACUGAAAGCCCUAGCAAAAAUGUGCCCGAGAUGGAUGGCACGCCGGAAGAUCAAAUUGACAUGCAUCGAAUGGGGAAGAUUCAGGAAUUUAAGUUAACGACUGCCUCAGCGCAACUUUCGCCCACUUGCGGCCCUGAGCUUUUCGGCCUGUUCUUCAAGCCACUUGGGAAUUCAUUCUCAUCGCGCCUACAUCGGGAGGACAAUAUCACUGGGUAUCGGAGUUUGCGUCUCCCCGCUAUCAGAGGUUUCUUAGUUAUACGACAGGUUCGGUUUUUAUAUCUCGCCUUCUCUGAAACGCUACUGAGACAUUUUUUGAUCUAG